UUUAAUACCCAUCAAACACACAAAUCUUCAACUUCAAUCUUAUGACUUUGUUGUAAUAACAUCCACAGAGUCUUGGCACUUCUCAGUGCCUCUGUACGGAACAACUAAAAUCUACUUUACAAAAAGCAAAGGAACCCGAUUCUCCCUAUGAAAAUUACAAUUGAAUCUCCACCGUUCAAUUAAUUCAAACUCAAAUUCAACCCUUGAUCUUCUCUCUCUCUUUAUCAUCCCAAAUUCAUUUUCUUUUCAGUUUUCAGUUACAAUUUCACAAACACCAUUUUUCCCUCACUCCCAGUCAACAACAAACAAAUUUUGUCAACAAUUCAUUCUCAGGGUUUCAAAUCUUCUAAUUUUCUUUUUGUUUUUUUUAAAAAUUAUUACUUUUUCAUUUUCAGACUUUCAGUGACUUUCACCAAAUUUUCCAAUUAUUUUUAUAUUUAUUUUUCUAUUUUAUCUAAUUGUCUUAUGAAAUUUUGAAGCCUGUGUUAUUUUUGAAUAUAAAAUGAUUGGUCAGUUUCAGAUCUUACAAACUCAUCAAAACGACACCGCUUGGUCGUACUGUACAACACCCUACAUGCCGCAAAAUCCGGCCUUGUACUCUCGACGGCCACCGUUUAACCAUCCGUCGCAUCCGGCGAGUUAUCCGGGUCGGGUCAUUUGGAACGGAGACAAACAACCCGAUAGAAGAAAUGAUUCAUCGGAGUCUAGCCGAUUCACCGGCAAGGUUCGCCGAUUUCACCACCCGAAGAGGAAGUUCGCCGGCGGAGGCCGUCACUCCGCCCCGUUCGCGCCGCGCAAUACGACGUCGUUCAUAAUCCGCGCAAAGAAGUCCGGCGGCAUAGCAUCCCUGUUGUCGCCGUGUGCGGUGACUCCGGCGAUCCUGACGACGCCCACACUGUCACCGUCAACGGAGGUGGUUGUGGAGAUGGCGAAGGAAAAGUGGGGAGUCGACGGAUAUGGCUCGAUGAAGGGACUAAUCCGUCUCCGGUCAUCGGAAAAAGAAAAUUCCGACGAAACCGGCGAAAACAACAUCGGCGAACAUUUAGAUGUUGAGAAGAGAUUAAACCAUGAUUUAGGCAGAUUUGAGAUGAUUUAUCCAAGUUCUGGUGUCGAAAAUAGUUUAGAGAAUAGGGUUGAUGAACAAGGGUUACAAAUUGCACAUCUUGAAGAACAGAAUCUAACUAUCAAGGAAAGAAUUUUUCUGAUGGAAAGAGAAUUGAGUGAUUUGAGAACGCGGGUUACAUGUUUGGAGACAGUUGGUGAUCGCCAAUCGGAGAAUUUCAACGGCGGAGAAGUUUGCUCCGAGAAGAGCGUCCAUAACGGUGACUACCAUGAUGGAGAGAGUGAUGACUAUGGUGACUGUGUUUGAGUGGAUUCACUGAAUUCUAUUGUCACUUAGUCACUGUUCCUUGGGUUGCAAGUUUAUUUUGAUGAAUUUCAUUUGAGAAAAAAAGAAUGUGCAAGUAUACAAUAGUAUUCUUUUACAUCAUACUUUUAUAUUUCAUUUUUAUGAUAAGAUAUAGCAAAAUUAAUGAAUUUAAUUAGACCUCGGUAUAAAAUUAUUUUAGAUUGACAAUAGACGUCUAUUAAAUUUAUUUUAUUUUGCUGUUAGAUUAUUAUUCAUAUUUUGUUGUUGUAGGUUGACACUUGAUAAAUACAGCACUAUAGUUUAUUUUAAUAGUUUGGUGUAGUGUAGUUCAAUGUUGUUGAUUUGGAUUCUCUUUUGUAACUUAACUCUAUAGAUGUUGUAUUUGUGAGUUUAGUUAGUUAGAAUUUCAAAAUA